AUGAAGGGAAUAGCCGAGAGUCUGUCUGCUAGUGGCCAAGUCAUUUCUGAUGAAGACUUACUAGGAUUUAUUUUGGAUGGCCUUGGUCCUGAGUUUGAUGCUGUAAUUGUCAAUCUCACAUCACGGAUAGAGUCUAAGUUUGAUAAUUCAGUCACUUUACAAGAAGCACAAUACCUAUUGCAGAAUAUCUCUCCAUUACAUGAUCAAUUCCAUGCCUCAGCAAAUAUUGGGCAGUAUGGAGUGCCUUAUCAACAUUUCAGACCAUCUGGUUUCUCUUCUUUUGGACGAGGGAGAGGAAGAGGAAAUCUAAAAGGAAAACCUAUUUGCCAAGUGUGCAAUAAGAUUGGACACACUGUAGUGCAGUGUUACCACAGAUAUAAUUCUCACUAUAAUGGUUCCCCUCCACCUUUUGGUAGUCAAGUUCAUGGAGGUUAUCCAGGUGGCAUUGGUCUUCCUUUAGUUAAUCAACACAUCAAUACCUCCACCUCCACCUAUCCACCUAACUCUUCAUUUGGUGGACAUCAAAAGUAUGAAACUAGUGGUAGUGGUUAUCAACAACAACAACAAUCAGUACCAAACUUUAACCAUACACCCUCAGUUUUCACUAUCCCUAGUCAACAAACACUUGCCUCAAUUCCCAGUCAAGCUUAUUUUGCUGCUCCUCAUCCUCUACCAAGUUUAAACCCUGGUUUUUCUUUAACCUCCAUUCAAGAUCUAGCCUGGUAUAUGGAUUCCGAUGCGACUGAUCAUUUCACCGCUGACCUGAACCAAUUGAGUGUAAGCAGAAACUAUGAUGGAACUGAACAGCUUCUGAUCGGCAGUGGUGAGUUUCUAAAUAUCUCUUAUGUUGGUUUUUCCCUUUUGCCUAGUACAUUGCAAUCUAAGUCUUUAUAUCUGAAAAAUGUUUUAUGUGUUCCUCGUAUAACUAAAAAUUUGCUUAGUAUCUCUAAAUUUACUAAGGUUAAUAAUGUUGUUGAAUUUUCUACUCAUUGCUGUGUGGUUAAAGACAAGGUUACCAAUCAAGUGCUACUGUAG